AUGACUGGUGACAGAGAAGCAGUUGCUCUCGAUAUAGCCCGUCAUGCUGGAAUCAUGGACACUUGGCACAGUCUCAGUCCGAUUGAAAAAGUCCAGCAGCUCCAAAAACUUCGAGCUGAGGGGAAGAUCGUUGCAAUGGUUGGGGAUGGAAUAAAUGACGCUGCAGCGUUGGCCGCCGCUGAUGUUAGCAUCGCUCUGCAAAGUGGUAGCUCAAUUCCAAUGGCCUCAGCAGACGUUGUGCUCUUGAAUUCUUCACUUCGUGAUAUCUACAUUGAGUUGUCGAUUGGUCAUCACGCAACUAAAACCAUGAAGUCAAAUGUGUACUGGGCAUACCUCUACAACGCUGGGCUUAUGCCGCUGGCGAUGGGCUUCAAUGGCUGGAGUGUGUAUGAUUGGGUCGUCGCUGGGCGUGAUGGUAAACCCAAUGAGACUGGAGAAGCGUCUAAGUCGGCUGCCUCAAGCAAAACUACCACGGGGGAAAAGGGCUCAUAG